GGUUACACUAAGCCGCAAUGCAAUUUUACGAUUAAAAGUGUAAGUUUAUUCGCGUUUUUCAAAGCUUUUCCGCUGUUAUAGCUGUUCCACUGUACAGCUGCCACAAGAUGCGUCCGUUCUCCGGCAGUGAUUGCCUUAAACCCGUCGCCGAGGGCAUCAAUAAAGCCUUUGGUGCCAAGGAACCUUGGCAAGUGGCCACCAUCACAGCCACCACUGUGCUCGGAGGAGUAUGGCUCUGGACUGUAAUUUGCCAGGAUGAAAGUCUCUAUAUACGCGGCAAGCGCCAAUUUUUCAAAUACGCCAAAAAGAUUCCUGCCGUUCGUCGCCAGGUGGAGACUGAGUUGAACAAGGCCAAGAACGACUUUGAGGCGGAAAUCAAGAAGAGCAAUGGACACCUUACCUACUCAGAAACUCUGCCCGAGAAAGGACUUAGCAAGGAAGAGAUCCUCCGUUUGGUGGAUGAGCACCUUAAAACCGGUCACUACAACUGGAAGGAUGGUCGGGUAUCUGGUGCAGUCUACGGCUACAAGCCUGAGCUAGUGGAGCUCAUCACUGAAGUGUACGGCAAGGCUUCCUACACAAAUCCUUUGCAUGCAGAUCUCUUCCCUGGCGUCUGCAAGAUGGAAGCAGAGGUAGUGCGCAUGGCGUGCAAUCUUUUCCACGGUAAUUCCGCCAGUUGUGGUACAAUGACCACCGGAGGUACCGAAUCCAUUGUGAUGGCCAUGAAGGCCUACAGGGACUACGCUAGGGAGCACAAGGGCAUAACGAGGCCUAACAUUGUGGUGCCUAAGACUGUGCAUGCAGCUUUCGACAAGGGUGGUCAGUACUUCAACAUCCAUGUACGCUCUGUGGAUGUCGAUCCCGAGACCUACGAAGUGGACAUCAAGAAGUUCAAGCGUGCCAUUAACAGGAACACAAUUUUGCUGGUUGGGUCUGCACCUAACUUCCCCUAUGGCACAAUCGAUGACAUCGAAGCCAUCGCCGCUCUGGGCGUUAAGUACGAUAUUCCCGUGCACGUGGACGCUUGCCUGGGCAGCUUCGUGGUAGCCCUGGUCCGCAACGCUGGCUACAAACUGCGUCCCUUCGACUUUGAUGUUAAGGGAGUGACCAGUAUCUCUGCUGAUACCCACAAGUACGGAUUCGCACCAAAGGGAUCGUCUGUGAUUCUGUACUCGGACAAGAAGUACAAGGACCAUCAGUUCACCGUAACCACUGACUGGCCUGGUGGCGUCUACGGUUCUCCCACUGUGAACGGAUCCCGUGCUGGAGGUAUUAUUGCUGCCUGCUGGGCGACCAUGAUGAGUUUCGGCUAUGAUGGUUACCUGGAGGCCACCAAGCGUAUUGUGGAUACUGCUCGUUAUAUCGAAAGAGGAGUUCGCGACAUCGAUGGAAUCUUUGUGUUUGGCAAGCCAGCCACCUCAGUGAUUGCCCUAGGCUCCAAUGUAUUCGACAUUUUCCGGCUAUCUGACUCGCUGUGCAAACUGGGCUGGAACCUGAAUGCCCUGCAAUUCCCCUCUGGUAUCCACAUUUGCGUGACGGACAUGCACACACAGCCCGGAGUAGCGGAUAAAUUCAUUGCCGAUGUGCGCAGCUGCACGGCGGAGAUAAUGAAGGAUCCCGGCCAGCCUGUGGAAGGAAAGAUGGCACUCUACGGCAUGGCCCAGAGUAUACCCGACCGAUCGGUGAUCGGCGAAGUGACUCGCCUCUUCCUGCACUCCAUGUACUACACUCCCAGCCAGAAAUAGACAACUAAAGCUAUUCCCUCGCUCUUCACCCACCCCACGGAACUUGUGCAUUUCCUGUGCCGUAUUUAAACCACCAAAACACCCCGUUGUUAAACCUUCCUCAAGCAAUUUAUUCUAGCUGCAAUUAGUGCUGUAAUCGAGGGUACAAAACGUCGUUCUACGCAAAAAAAAAAGAUCUAUAAUCAUCCCAACUGUCAACAUUCGUCGCUCUUGGAGCUAUGUUAUUGAAGUGUUUUUCUGUGUAUCUGCUAGUGAAAUAAUAAAAUAAUAUUAAUCAAUUUUUGUAUACUCAA